GCCCGGAGGGGCGAAAUCGAUUGCUGCGGUUUCGGUUCGCCCGGCCCAUCUUAAUGAGGCCCGGAGGACUCUGCCGCAUCCACCACGCCGCCAGUCUCGCAAGCGCCGCCUCCAUCGCCCUCCCCUGCUUUCCUCCCACAACCUUCCCUCCCCCUGCAUUCCGGUGCUUCCGUCCGGGAACUCCGCGAGCCGGUGGAGGUUCGAUGGAUUCCACUACCAUGUCGCCGCCAGGUGUCGCCGUCCGAGACCCGAAGUCGCUGGUGGAGAAGAAGACCGCAAUCCGGUGCGCCGGCUGUAGUAAACUCCAGGUGAUUGCCGAUUUUGACGGCACGCUCACGAGGUACUGGAUUGAUGGCCGCCGUGGGCAGACUAGCCAUGGAUUGCUACAGCAGGGGAACGCGGAGUAUGAUGCCAGGAGGCAAGCGUUGUAUGAAUACUAUCAUCCCUUGGAGAUCUCGCCAACCAUUCCCAUCGAGGAGAAAACGAAGCUGAUGGAAGAGUGGUGGGAGAAGACACAUGGUCUUCUUAUCGAGGGAGGUGUUACCUAUGAUGCAAUAAAGAAAUCUGUCUCUGAGGCUACAAUUGCUUUUAGAGAUGGUGUUGUUGAGCUGUUUGAGUUCUUGGAGGAACUAGAUGUGCCUGUCCUUGUCUUUUCCGCAGGCCUUGCAGACAUCAUUGAAGAGGUUUUUAGGCAGAAACUACAUAGAUCUUUCAAGAAUGUCAAAGUUGUUUCCAACAGAAUGGUUUUUGAUGAAAAAGGCUGCCUUGUUGCCUUUAAAGGAAAGACAAUUCAUGUGCUAAACAAGAAUGAGCAUGCAUUGGAUAUGGCUGCUCCUAUUCAUGACAAAUUCGGGUAUCCUAAUGGAUAUAAUCCUGAUAGUGUCUUGAUGAAGCAAAGAACUAAUGUGUUACUUCUUGGAGAUCAUGUUGGAGACCUGGGCAUGUCUGAUGGUCUGAGCUAUGAAAACCGGAUAGCAGUUGGAUUUCUGAAUAAUAAUACAGAGAUGUCCUUCAAAAGUUACCUUGAUGCAUUUGACGUUGUAUACCUGAAUGAUGCAUCCAUGAGAGGAGUUGUUGAGCUCGUAUCUCAAUUGUGUGCAGAGAAUCAAUGAUAUAAAUACAUUAUGUGUAUGCACUUAAUCAUGUUCUUAUCAUUACCAGCUACAUACUUCGUCAUCUUUUCAAUUUUCCUCUUAUUGCUUACUUUGAGGAGAAGCAAAGUUAUCAUAUGAGUUGUUGACCAGACAGUAUAUCUUCUAUAUUAAAUACAUAAUUUUUCUGGU